UUUGGCGCCAAAUAGAACUAAACUACUUUUGCUUGCCCUUUGUUGUAGUUCAAUUAAUUUUCUGUUUUCAGUUUCAAUUACUUGAUUAUUAAAUAUCCGUUUAUAGUAGAUUUUGAAGAUGCUGGACGGCUUCGAUCAGCCUCAAGUGUUUUUCAGCGACAACUGGUCCCAGAACGAAAACCAGGGCGAUGCAGCUAGCGUUAAUUUGUUGGCCGUUAAAAAGAAGUUCAAAGACUUUAUUCGGCAGUUCCAUACGGAGAAUUUCAAUUACAAAUACAGGGACACUCUAAAACGCAACUACAAUCUUCGUCAAUACUCUCUCGACGUAAACAUCGAAGAUGUUGGCAGUUUCGAUGAAACUUUGGCCGAUAAACUCUACAAACAACCCACUGAACAUUUGCCUAUUCUCGAGGAUGCCGCUACUGAAGUGGCAGACGAAUUAACAGCUCCUAGGCCUGCCGGUGAAGAAAAAGUUGAAGACAUUCAAAUCACAUUCAAUUCUGAUGCCCAUGCCUCAAAUUUGAGAGCAUUGAAGUCAGAUGUUGUAUCUCGUUUAGUGAAAAUCCCAGGCAUUAUUGUGAGUGCCUCUGGCAUCAGAGCCAAAGCAACAAAAAUUUCCAUUCAAUGUCGUUCUUGCAGCACCGUUAUACCUAAUUUACCGGUUAAAGCCGGUUUGGAGGGUUAUGUUAUGCCAAGAAAGUGUAAUACAGAACAGGCUGGUCGUCCCAAAUGUUCUUUGGAUCCGUACUUCAUCAUGCCUGACAAAUGCAAGUCUGUCGAUUUUCAGAUAUUGAAAUUGCAAGAAUUGCCCGAUGGCAUUCCUCAGGGUGAAAUUCCCAGGCACAUGUUGCUUUAUUGUGACAGAUACUUGUGCGAUAGAGUUGUACCUGGGAAUAGAGUGUUCAUUUUGGGGAUUUAUUCUAUCAAGAAAGUUACUAAAGUUUCUAGGAGAGAAGGCAAAGAGAAAGCAACUACUGGUGUAAGAUCAGCAUACAUGCGCGUUGUUGGUCUACAAUUGGACAGUGAAGGCCUUGGAUCAGCCGGAUGUGGUGCUGUAACCUCAGAAGAAGAAGAUUUGUUCAGGAGGAUGGCAGCCAUGCCAAAUAUCUACGAUCGUUUGGCUACCAGCGUUGCUCCUUCGAUUUAUGGAGCAGCUGAUAUUAAAAAAGCAAUUACUUGUUUACUUUUUGGAGGCUCUCGAAAACGUCUACCAGAUGGCUUGACCAGAAGAGGCGACAUAAAUGUCCUCUUGCUUGGUGAUCCAGGUACCGCCAAAUCGCAGAUACUAAAGUUCGUCGAACAAGUGGCUCCAAUAUCCGUCUAUACGUCAGGCAAAGGCAGCUCUGCGGCGGGCUUAACAGCUUCAGUAAUGCGUGAUCCGUCUUCCCGAAACUUCGUUAUGGAAGGUGGCGCCAUGGUGUUGGCUGACGGAGGUGUAGUCUGCAUCGACGAGUUUGAUAAAAUGAGAGAAGACGAUCGGGUGGCUAUUCAUGAAGCUAUGGAACAACAAACUAUUUCUAUUGCUAAAGCUGGAAUUACCACCACUUUGAAUUCAAGAUGUUCGGUUUUAGCUGCUGCCAACAGUAUUUUUGGUCGUUGGGAUGAGACAAAGGGUGAUGAAAAUAUUGACUUUUUGCCGACCAUUCUCUCAAGAUUCGACAUGAUAUUCAUCGUCAAAGACGAACACAAUCAGUCCAGAGACAAGAUUCUGGCCAAGCACGUUAUGAGCAUUCACAUGAAUGCUGGGCAAAUAACUCAAGAACCCAAAGAAGGCGAAUUGUCUUUGGAAUUUUUGAAAAAGUUUAUCAACUAUUGCCGCACCAGAUGUGGCCCCAGAUUGAACAAGGAAGCUGCCGAAAAAUUGAAAAGAAGAUACGUCAUGAUGAGAUCUGGUGCGAACCAACACGAAAAAGCGGUUGAUCAUAAGAAUGCUAUUCCGAUUACGGUGCGUCAAUUGGAAGCUGUUGUACGUAUAUCGGAAUCUUUGGCAAAGAUGCAACUACAGCCAUUUGCUACGUCAAGUCACGUCGAUGAAGCCUUGAGACUUUUUCAAGUGUCUACUUUGGAUGCUGCUAUGAGUGGAAAUUUGGCAGGUGCUGAAGGGUUUACUACCGAAGGAGAACAAGAAAUGUUAUCGCGCGUCGAGAAGCAACUGAAAAGACGUUUUGCUAUUGGAACGCAAGUUUCUCAGCAAAAUAUCAUUCAAGAUUUUGUUCAGCAAGGCUACGCCGAAAGGGUUAUCAGCAAAGUCAUUAAGGUAAUGAUUGGUAGACAACAGCUUCAACAUAGAAUGCAACGGCGUAUGUUGUACCGCAUCAGUUAGAAAUUCAAGAUUUAAAUUUUUUUUUUGGAAUAUUUUUUUGUAACAAUGAUGAUUUUGAUAAAUAAAUAAAAACAUUUUGUGUGUAUUA